CCCUCCCCCUUCGCCCCCCCGGCCCCCUCCCCCCCACUUUCUUUUCUUCUCGGCCUCUGCUCGGGCCUGGAAGGCUCGGGGCUGCGGUCGGAGCCAGCCUGCGGCGGCGGGGCCGGGCCGAGCCGCCUCCCUCAGCGCCCAGCCAUCUUGGGCUCCGCGGCGGCGACCGGGGUCUGGGCGCGCUCGCUGAGGGGCCCGCGGCGUCCUCUGGCUCCUGAUUUUUUUUUUUUUUUUUGGUGGGAUUUUUUUUUUUCCAAGGGGAGGGCUGGCGGCCUCCAACAAAUUAGGAGAGAGAGAGGGAGAAAAUGCCAAGUCCCGAUUUCUCUCCACCUCUGCUCCACCCACCCCGGUCCUGUCCAAAAAAUAAAAAAAGAUGAGAAUUGGAAGAAGUCGGCAGAAAGGCGAGCGCCCGCGGUCCCCGGCUGCUGCCCAGGCGACGCGUCCGGGGCGGGCCCGCGCCCGUUGCUCGGUCCGAGGUCCGUCUGUCUGCCCGCGGCUUCUCAAGGGAGGGGAGGGCGCUUCGGGCAGGGUCUCCGCAGCGGCUAUCGUCUCACAGCUUUAUCCUCAGAUCAAAAAAGAAAAAAGAGGAAGAAAAAAAUCCCAACCCCAACACUCUCAUCACAGCCACCUUCAGCCAUCUUGCGCAUAUUAUUAUUUCAGGAAUAAUCUGUUUAAUAAAAAUACCUGCGUAUCCAGCCCCUCCCCCGCGUCCUGGGGUCCCCGCCCCGUUUUAAUAAUAAUCUCGAUAAUAAAAACGAUCGGCGGGCCGGGCAGUCCGCGGCUGCCCUUUCCUGCCUCGACUUGCUCGGGCCCGGCUCUCCCCCCGGGAAGGGGCGCCGCGGGAUGGGGGUGCGUCCCCGUCACCCGCGCGGGGAGGAAAGGGCGCCCUCGCCGCCGCCGCCAAGAGGAAGGCGGACGGCGGAGAUGCCGCGGCCCACGGGACCAGCCGGAGGGGCACUCGGAGGUCCCGGCGCCCCCGCCACGGCCCGGCCUGGGAGUCCGCAGCCGGCCGUAUACAAUGGGUUCGGAGCAGAGCGGGGCAGGCAGGGUGGGGAAGCGGGAGGGCCAGGGGCUGCAGCGAGCGGAGUUCCCGGGCUGGGGCGGAAGGAGACGGGGGGGGAUGGUGUCCCUACAUCAAGGCCGGUCCCGCUACUCGGGAAGGGGGCGGAGAGCUGCGGCACUAGGGGGCGAGGAGAAAGCGGCAGGCGGCGCCUUUAAUCAGCACCCGCCGGUUCGGCCCACCCAGCACUGGCGAAAGAAACGGGCGCGGUGGGGGUGA